UGAUGCGGACUCGUUAAAUUCCCGAAGAUGGCUUAAAGGAGCAGGUGCACCGCCGGGACGUCGCCUUUAAGAAAUUGCUCUAAAGGGGGCUACUCUUUCGGGGGGGCGGGGGUGGGGGGGGAGGCUGUGGCCGUUGUUUGUUUGUUUGUUGUCACUUCCGGGCGAGGCGUCGGCGAAUUAGCAGAUCUCACCGCCCGGCGACGAAGAAGAAGAAGAAGUUGGCCGGCUUCGAUGCUGCGAGCGGGCAGGAUGGAGGAGUUUGUCACGGAGGAAGAGGAGCCUUGGUACGACCAGCGAGACCUGGAGCAAGACCUGCACCUGGCAGCCGAGCUCGGCAAGACUCUGCUGGAACGCAACAAGGAGCUGGAGGACUCCCUGCAGCAGAUGUACAUCAACAAUGAGGAGCAAGUGCAGGAGAUAGAGUAUCUGUCCAAGCAGCUGGAAAUGCUGAGGGAGAUGAACGAGCAGCACGCAAAGGUGUACGAGCAGCUGGACGUGACGGCCAGGGAGCUGGAGAUCACCAACGAGAAGCUGGUGCUGGAGAGCAAGGCGUCGCAGCAGAAGAUCGACAGGCUGAUGGGCACCAUGGAGACCCUGCAAGGUCAGGUGGACAGUCUGACGUCUCGGGUGGAGGAGCUGAGAACUCUGGAAGAGCUGAGGGUCCGCAGGGAGAAGAAGGAACGACGCAAGACGGUCCACUCGUUUCCCUGCCUCAAAGAGCUCUGCACAGCGCCGAGGUAUGAGGAUGGUUUCCUGUUGGCCAAUCCGGGCAGUGUGGACCUGGCCGAGAGCCAGCCGAUGGACGAGGAGAACGAGCGCCUCAGAGACAUCGUCACCUCCCUGCGCUCGGCGAUGGCCAGCGAGCGCUCGAAGAGGGAAGGCGCCGAGCGGGAGUGCGCGGCGGUGCUGCAGGAGUUUGAGCGUCUGGAGCAACGCCUGCUGGGAGCCGAGGGCUGCCAGCUGCGGGUUCAGGAGCUCGAGGCUGAGCUCCACGAGAUGCAGCAGCUGCGGAAGUCCAGGAUGUGUUUGGUUGGUGGCAUGGAGGAAGGCCUGGAGACGCUGCUCAGAAACGGCCCGGAGACGGACACCCCAGAGGAGGGCGUGGGGCUGGAGGAGGGUGGCGGCGGCGAGGGAGGGUCUGGAGACGCGGGGGGGGCGGGGCAGCAGGGCGGCCCGGUGAGGAAGAGCUGCAGCGACACGGCUUUGAACGCAAUCUCAGCCCGUGACGCCUCGGGGAGACGACAGGGAAGCUACGCCAUGCACGCAAACGGCGUGCGCAAACGCGGCAUGUCGAUCCUGCGCGAGGUGGACGAGCAGUACCACGCGCUGCUGGAGAAGUACGAGGAGCUGCUGGGGAAGUGCCGGCGCCACGAGGAGAGCCUGUGCCACGCGGGGGUCCAGACAUCCAGGCCCGUCUCCAGAGACCCCUCCAUGAAGGAGUACAUCAUGAUCUCUGCGGGGCCCUCCACAUCCGGGGCCGCCGCCGCCGCCGCCAGCCCCCCUACACCACCGCAGACCCCCUCCACACCCGAGGCCCUGGAAGGGAUCAGCAGGCAGGUGGAGCAGGUGGACAAGCGGCUGAGCCAGAACACGCCCGAGUACAAGGCCCUGUUCAAAGAGAUCUUCUCUCGCUUGCAGAAGACAAAGAGUGACAUGAACUCCACCAAGAGCAGGAAGUCUCACAAAUGAGCUCCAACCAACACGCGGCAGCCAUGUUGCUCUGACAUCAUGCCCGGUGGGUGGGAAGUCAAAUUCUGCGGGAGGCUCUCAAGUUUUUGAUUCCAACAAUCACCAAAUAACGGAUACUUGAAUUUAAAUAUAUUUAAAAUGUUGAAAACCUUAUUCCGGACUCUCUGGAACACGCAGCAGUAUCAGGUUAUGACAUCAUGCGAGCCUCCCACCUUGAGCGUGACGUCAGAGGAACAAUGGCCGCCAUGUGAAAACGGUGAAAAUAACAGCUACUGACGCUACCUGCACUGACAACAGUGACUGCACAUCUACCUUUAUUAACCUCUUCUCGUUGCCUGCAGUCCUGGGAUUGGUUGAUAAAUGAUACCGUUAGCGGUGGAUGCCUCCGUCUGCUCUUAAUGAAGUCCAAUUACAAACUGCCAAACGUUAAAUAAAGUUGAUGUGGGUGAAACGUACGGGAAGCCCAACGUACAUGCAAUCGUGCAUUUUAUUUUACCGCUUAUUUUCUCGAGGUCUCAACUUAUUUACGUCGUUAUCUUAAGAUAACAACAUUGGUUUUUCGGAGUUAAUUUCUCGUGGAAAGCGACUGAAAUUAAUUUGUCAUCGCGGGAAAAUCAGCAUUUUUAUCCCAAGAUAAUGGAAAAAAAAAAAAAAAAAAAAGUUAAUAUCUCGAGAAAAAUCCAGACACUUCGCAGAAUCGUUGGGAAAACAUAGUAAGAUAAAAUGUAUGGGUGCAUGUCCUCUUCAGGCUUCCGUAGAAAUGCCUUUGUCUGACUGGAAGUUUUAGUUUCUGUCUUAAGAAAGUUGAAGUGUUUGAUGUAGUAUUUUUACAAAAGUGUGCUGGUACAGCUGUUUUAACUACUACUGCCAUUUAUUUUCUAUUUCUGUAAAACAAUAAUACAGCCAAAUAAUAUAUAUGAAGACAAACAGGCCAUUUGAAGCAUGUAAGAGCUGGGUUGGUUUUUUCAAAGUAAAUCACUAAAGCUUUUUAAGCAGCUUGAAAUGCUGUUUUUCAAGCUGCAGGGGAAUGAUUCAGGUCUUGAUUGAUCCUCUUCUACAUGAUGAAUCCGUUCUGCACUGUGCGGCGAAAUGUUCUUGUAGUUAACUAUUAAAAUGUCUUAAAAUGUU